AUGAUAUCGCCGUCGACAAGGCGUUUUGAUUAUGUAGAUAAAACCUUAAUGUCGUGUCGUGUGGCAUCGGGCUUUGCUUCAGUUCAUGGCGUGUGCGAUCAAUGUCAAACCGAAAAUCCUGUGGCCUGUCACAAUGAAACCGUCUACUCGCUCUGCAUUAACGGUACGGCCACACUGAACUACCGUUCCUGCCCCGAAGAUUACGUCUGUACAGCCGAUGUGUAUGUUUGCUAUCCAAGCAAUUCAUCGGUUCCGAGUUGUGUUCGCACCGAAACCGAUGACGUAGAGCAGUCACAAUGUGGUGUUUGUGGUUCGGAAGGAAAAGUUUUUGCCUGCCUCAAUGAAACGACUGUGGCAUUUUGUUUUGGCGAUGAUAGUCCCCACUAUGAAUCGCUGUAUAAUUGUCCCGAAGGCACUGUUUGCGAUUUGGAUAGCGGCAGCAAAUUUUGCUCGAAUGAAACCGAAGCAAUGCCCAGUUGUAGGGAAUCAACAACAACCACCACACCUCAGGCAACAACAACUACAAUGGAGACAACAAUACCUGAUGCAACUACUCAAGAGCCAACAGAAACCACAACUGAACUGACCACAACAACUACAGCUACUACUACAACAACAACUACGUCACCAACGAGCACGCCCACGACGACUACAGCAGCAUCAACAACAACAACAACAACAUUAACACCAACGACGACUACGCCUUCCACAACGUCAACUACAACAACGACUACGCCUACCACAACACCAACAACAACGACAGCAACAACAACUACGCCAACAACGACCACGCCCACGACGACUUCAACUUCAACAACACCUGCACCAGCAACAACUACACCAACAACAACGACUACUGAGCACACCCUUACUCCCGCAGAAAUUUGCGAAAAUAAUGGCGAAGAAACUAGUAUAGCAAACCCUGAUGAUCUAACCUGUACAGAAUACAUAAUUUGUACGAAGUCAGGUUCUAGCUGGAUUGCCACUGCAGCUACAUGUCCCAGUAAUCAAUAUUUCGAUCCAACUUUUGCUUUUUGUACAACAACUUAUGAGUGUCCUACGCAACAAACAAACACAACAACAAUUACAACAACCAUAUCAACAACAACUACAGAAGAAACAAGUACGACCACCUUAAGUCCCGCGCAAGUUUGUGAAGCUAACGGU